AUGUCAGGGCAAUCUUCUGUGUCUUCCGCCUUCCUAGGCUUGGACGGCCUUCAUGUCUUCGUCACUGGCGCCGUUGGUGGAAUUGGAAAACAAGCAGUCCGAGAAUUCCUAGACCAGGGGUGCAAAGUGACAGCACUGGACCUUCAAGCCCUAGACCUCCCUGAUAUACAAGGAGAGCCUUACUCCCGGUUACACGUCCUAAAAGGGGACAUUUCAGACGAGGAAUCCAUCCGAUCUAGUGUUGCACAAGCCAACAAGCGAUUUGGACCUAUCAAUAUCCUAAUCGCAAAUGCUGGCAUUACGGAUGAAAGCAAGGAUUACCCUAUAUGGGACCUGCCGGUGGAGACAUGGGACAAGACAUAUCGUGUCAAUGUCCGAGGCACAUUCCUAACGAUCAAGCAUUUCCUGCGAGCUGCACGGGUAUCUCAACAAACGCUUGGUAGAGAAUUGGAUAACCUAGCUAUCGUACUGACAGGAAGCGAAACAGGCAAGUUUGGUCAGGAGGGUCAUGCCGAAUAUGCGUCCGGCAAGGCUGGAUUGCAGUAUGGUUUUGUUCAAAGUGUGAAGAAUGAAAUAGUUCGUCUCAACAGCAAGGCGAGGAUCAACGCUGUUGCGCCUGGAUGGGUUGACACACCCAUGAUAGAAGGCAGGCUCGAUAAUCCCAGGGAAAUGUGGGCUGAGGCUCAGGCUACGGUACCUCUAAAGAAAGUCGCAAAACCGGAGGACGUAGUUCGAACAAUGGCUUUUCUGGCCUCUCAUCGCGCGGCUGGACACAUCUCAGGGCAAUGUUUAAGUGUCGACGGAGGCAUGGAAGGCCGCCUUAUUUGGAAGGAGGAUGAAGUCGCUAAGGCAGAGGAUAGUGUUACUCAUUCCAGAUCGGAUAUAGUCCAGUCUAUUCCGAGAACUAUGUCCAAGCCCAAGCAGAAAAAAAUCCGGAUAGCUGUCUCCAUAGAUCUAGAUGCAGUAUCAGGAUGGCUAGGAACAGGUCAACACCCCGACAACAUACUCGCAGACUAUUCCUCAGGAUUCUUCGCAGCUAAAGUCGGCGUCCCCCGCCUCCUACGGAUGCUCAAAAAGCUCAACUUAGCCGACCGCUGCACCUGGUUCAUCCCCGGCCACUCUACCGAGAGCUUCCCAGAAGAAGUACGCCAGGUAGUCGAGUCCGGCUGCGAGAUAGGACUCCACGGCUACGCCCACGAAGGAGCAUACCAGCUAACAGUCGAGCAAGAACGGGACGUACUAAUCCGCUGUAUCGACAUAGCAACCAAACUAACCGGCAAGCGGCCCGUCGGGUAUCGCGCGCCUCUAUACCAAUUACGCGAAUCAACAUUGGAUCUACUAGAAGAAUUUGGAUUCGAAUACGACGCCUCCCUAACAGAUCACGACUGUCACCCCUUCUUCGCCCCCAAACGCCCACCCCUCCAACCCAUCAAUUUCUCCCUCCCUGCCGCAACCUGGAUGCAUCCCAUCCCACCCACAACAGAAGACCGUCGACCCCUCGUCUGCGUCCCGUGCAACUGGUACAUGGAGGAUAUGACUCCGAUGCAGUAUCUCCCUCAUACGCACAAUUCACACGGCUACACCGAUGUCCGGGUGGUCGAGAAUCUCUGGCGGGACCGAUUCCUGUGGAUCCGCGAGAACGAGGACGAUCCAAUCUUUCCAGUUCUGAUGCACCCGGACACGAGCGGCAUGGCGCAUGUAAUUGGGAUGCUGGAGCGGUUAUUGACGUGGUUGAAGGGGUGGGGUGAUGAGGUCGAAUUUUGUCAGACGGGGGAGAUUGCGAAGUGGUUUAGGGAGAGGGGGUUGGGGAGCCCAUAA